AUGGAAGUGGAUAGGCUUGGUGGAACUGCCGAUCGGGCGGAAUGCUGGGUCGUCUGGGGCGUCGACGCAGUGAGAGGGGUUUUCAUUACGCAGGCGUCGGAACAGGACUCCACUGCCAGCCGUCGAGAGGAGGAAAUUUCUGCGCUCUCCGCGGGCGACCAAUCGGGGGCAAAAACCCUAAUCAUCCCCAGAGCACCUGAAACUCGGAAAGUCUAUAUUCCUCCCAUCGUGUCGAACAAUACCUGGAACCCCGUGGAGAUAAUCGUAGUGGUACUAUCUUGGAGGAGCCGUAGGUUUCAGGAGGAAAUCGGAUAUUGCCAACAGUGGCGAAUGGAGAACAAUGGGAAUCGCACUGUGGUGUUAAAUGAAAUUCUGGAUUAA